CACUCUGUGUUUCUGCAUCUUGCCUUUUCAUAAUGCUCUUGUUUCCAUAAUAUGUAAUGGAAAUUUAAUACCUCUGCUCGCACAUUUAUGGCACUAUAAAACAUGCAUGCAUAAUUUCACAGAAUCAUUUUUAGAAAAUUUUACUUUUUUUGUUCUGAGCCUUGUAGAACAUUGAUUUUUAGCUAUUGCAUUUUAAUUGCUUGCAGUAUGCAAAGUGAUUAUACCAAAACUACAACGUGGUAUGGUACUAAAUAAAUUACUCUGCUUCAGGACAGCGUACAAGGAGCACAAGUGCCUUUGCAGGCACAAUCUAUGUGGCAGUAACAGGUUAAAGUACAACCUCAGUAAAAAGUGCCAACCUUCAAGGAGGAAGGGGCUAUCACUGCUUUCAGUGGCAGACUCUGCAGUAACAUUUUACAAGCUGAUUUGAUAUUAAUUUUUCACACAACAAGCCCUAAAAGUGACGUGGCCCCAUCAGGGUAUCUUCCUCUCAUGUGGUUUCUUUUCUUUAAUGGGUCUUUCAUGUUCAGGGAAACUUUCAUAUUAAGCUAAUAUAAUUCAGUUGUCUUAUCUUUAUACACAUUCCUUAAUUUGUAUACCGUAUUUGCUAAUUAACAAAGCUGUUUAUGCUUAAAUGCUUAAUCCUUCACAAGUAUCCUAUUUGGUCUUGCUAUGCCAUAUAUGAGCUGAGUAUGUAUUUUAUAAGACAUGCUGAAUGUUGUUACAGAAUGAUUUCUGCAGUAAACUGUGGCGAUAUAAGCACAGAAUUUGACUGUGAAACUGGAUAAAGCAGAAAUAAUAGUUAGGCUGUGUUGACAGCCUUAAUUAAAACAUGUCUUCAGUGAUUGCAGAUGAAAUGUAACAGAUUAGUGGCCAAGUAAAUCUCUUAUAUAAAUGUAAACUCUUCUCACAAUGGCUUCAGUGUGCGUUCCUCUUCAGUACAAUUUCAGACACUGCCAAAAUAAAUUAAAGCUGCAUUCUUCCACUUCUGGCACAGUGUGUUGGCUUGGUCCCUACCUUUUCCUAAAAUCUUAGGAGAAACCUUGAUUUUACUGUCAAAAUGGCUGCUUAUUUCCAUUUGUAUGUUUGUAAUGAAAAGUGUAUAGUUCUGAUUCAAAACUAGACUGAAAGCCACUUACAAAAUGAAAAAAUGGGUUUAUAAAGUAAUUCUCUUUUUUUAAAAGCAUUUAAAAAUCUGCAGGCAGCUUUGAGCUUGUUUAGUUGAUAAAUAUUAAAGCUUAGCUUCCUUAAUUCUGAAUGGCAUCAUUAUUUUUAAUAAAGUAUUUAAAUAGUCUAGUAUGCCUUCAAUUGUACUCUUACAGUCUGGUUUGAAUAGAACAUAAAUGAGCCUGCAAAUAAAAGUUCAUGAUCCAGUUACUGACUGGAGUAGCUUAGUACACCUGCCUAUUGGUAUGUUCAUAAUACUGUUUCAUAUGUUUCUAGUUCUCUAGUUUUAUAGUUGUCUUGAAUGUGAGUAGAGGGUUUUUGAAUUUCAUGUAAUUUGGGUAAGUUGCCACUUAAAGAAGCUUCUUUUAGAAAAAUGUGUUUUCAGCAACUUCACACUGUAAAACUGGUAUAUUAAGCUAAUGGAGAAUUCCAAGCAUUGCAGGGCUCUUUUAUGGAGAGACUGUAAAGGUGUGAACACGGGUAUCAAGGAAUCAUUGAAAUGAAAGAAACUGGGAUUGAGUCAAAGAGGGGAGGUAUAAUUUAAGACACAGCUUAGACAUUCUGGGCAUGGGAUGCUUUUACUGAUUCAGCCAUUGGUGUUAAAGUAAAUGGUGAACACAAAGAGAAGGACCUUGAACCAUGGGAUGGAGGCGAGACCACUACCACUGAGGAACUUGAAGCUUUAGAGACAGACGUUUCUAAUGGAUGGGAUCCUAAUGACAUGUUUCGUUACAAUGAAGAAAAUUAUGGCAUAGUGUCAACUUAUGACAGCAGUUUAUCAUCUUAUACGGUGCCCUUAGAGAGGGAUAAUUCAGAAGAAUUUUUAAAACGGGAAGCAAGAGCAGCUCAAUUAGCAGAAGAAAUUGAAUCAAGUGCCCAAUACAAAGCUCGGGUUGCCUUGGAAAACGAUGACCGGACAGAAGAAGAAAAAUAUACUGCUGUUCAGAGAAAUGCAAGUGAACGAGAAGGACAUGGUGUGAACACUAGGGAAAGCAAGUAUGUUCCAACUGGACAACGAAAUAGAGAUGUUCUAUCCUGGGGAGGAGGCAGACAAAAUUCACCAAGGAUGGGCCAAUCUGGAUCGGGCCCCUCAAUUUCGAGAUCUGGAUCCCAUACUUCAGACUUUAGUCCUAAUUCUGGAGCAGACCAAAGAGUAGUUAAUGGAGGUGUUCCCUGGCCAUCGCCUUGCCCAUCUCCUUCCUCUCGCCCACCUUCUCGCUACCAGUCAGGUCCCAACUCUCUUCCACCUCGGGCAGCCACCCCUACAAGGCCGCCCUCCAGGCCCCCCUCGCGGCCGUCCAGGCCCCCGUCUCACCCCUCUGCUCAUGGUUCUCCAGCUCCUGUCUCUACUAUGCCUAAACGCAUGUCUGCAGAAGGGCCACCGCGGAUGUCUCCUAAGGCACAACGGCACCCUCGAGGUCACAGAGUCUCUACUGGUAGGGGUACAAUUUCAAGUGGCUUAGAAUUUGUAUCUCAUAAUGCACCAGGGGAAGCAUCUACUUCUGCAGUGGCACGAGGCAGCCCAUCAGGUGGGACGUGGUCAUCAGUUGUCAGUGGGGUUCCAAGAUUAUCCCCUAAAACACACAGGCCUAGGUCGCCAAGACAGAGCAAUGUUGGAAGUACUCCAGCUGGGCCAGCUCUGUCCUCUCCGCAAGCUGGUACUAUUCCCACUGAAUCAGUUGCCAUGCCUGUCCCAGCUGCAUCUCCCACACCUGCCAGUCCUGCAUCCAAUAGAGCAGUUACCCCAUCCAGUGAAGCUAAAGAUUCCAGGCUUCAGGACCAGAGGCAGAAUUCUGCAACUGGAAACAAGGAAAAUGCUAAGCCAAGUGAGAUUUCUCCUAGCUUUACUAAACCUGAAAACAAAGGUGUAUCUUCAGUUGUUUCAGAACACAGAAAACAGAUUGAUGAUUUAAAGAAAUUUAAGAACGACUUUAGGUUACAGCCAAGUUCCACCCCAGAGACUGUGGAUCAACUGCUAAACAAAAAUCGAGAAGGUGAAAAAUCCAGAGAUGUGAUUAAAGAGAAAACAGAAUCAAACUCUAAAGAAUCUGUUGUUGAAACCAGUAGUAAUGCGAACUCUAACAGUGGCAGUAGCAAAUCAAAUAGUCCCAGUAUUUCUCCGUCAACUAGUAGUAGCUCUGAGCAGAAGCGAGGGCCAGAGGUAACCUCUCAGGGUGUACAGACAUCUGGACCUGGAAGUAAACAAGAUAAAGAGGAUAAAGAAGAGAAGAAAGAUACCUCUGAGCAAGUUAGGAAAUCAACACUUAAUCCCAAUGCAAAGGAGUUCAACCCUCGAUCUUUUGCUCAACCCAAGCCUUCUACUACACCAACCUCACCUCGUCCACAAGCUCAGCCUAGCCCUUCUAUGGUGGGUCAUCAACAGCCAACUCCUGUGUAUACUCAGCCUGUUUGUUUUGCACCAAAUAUGAUGUACCCGGUUCCAGUGAGCCCAGGCGUGCAGCCUUUGUAUCCUAUUCCCAUGACUCCCAUGCCAGUGAACCAAGCCAAGACCUAUAGAGCAGGUAAAGUACCAAAUAUGCCACAACAACGCCAAGACCAGCAUCAUCAGAGCACCAUGAUGCACCCUGCCUCAGCCGCAGGCCCCCCUAUUGUAGCUACACCACCAGCCUAUUCAACACAGUAUGUUACCUAUAGUCCUCAACAGUUCCCUAAUCAGCCUCUUGUGCAGCACGUGCCACAUUAUCAGUCUCAGCAUCCUCAUGUUUAUAGUCCUGUAAUACAGGGUAACACUAGAAUGAUGGCACCACCAACACAUGCACAGCCUGGUUUAGUAUCUUCUUCAGCAACACAGUAUGGUGCGCAUGAGCAGACGCAUGCUAUGUAUGCAUGUCCCAAAAUACCAUACAGCAAGGAGACAGGUCCUUCUUUCUACUUUGCCAUUUCUACUGGCUCACUUGCUCAGCAAUAUGCCCAUCCGAAUGCUACCCUGCAUCCACACCCUCCUCAUCCGCAGCCUUCUGCUACGCCAACAGGACAGCAGCAAAGUCAACAUGCUGGAAGCCACCCUGCUCCCAGUCCAGUGCAGCAUCACCAGCACCAGGCUGCUCAGGCACUCCACCUGGCAAACCCACAGCAGCAGUCAGCAAUGUACCAUGCGGGUCUUGCUCCAACCCCACCUUCCAUGACACCAGGCUCCAAUACGCAGUCUCCACAAAAUAGUUUUCCCACAGCACAACAAACAGUCUUCACUAUUCAUCCUUCCCAUGUUCAGCCUGCAUAUACCAAUCCGCCACACAUGGCCCAUGUACCCCAGGCUCAUGUACAGUCAGGAAUGGUUCCUUCUCACCCAACUGCCCAUGCUCCAAUGAUGCUAAUGACGACACAGCCACCUGGUGGUCCCCAAGCCGCCAUCGCUCAAAGUGCACUACAGCCCAUUCCAGUCUCGACAACAACACAUUUCCCCUAUAUGACGCACCCUUCAGUACAAGCCCACCACCAACAGCAGUUGUAAGGCUGAUCUGGAGUAACAAAGGCUGGAUACCUUUUGUAGGCCAAAUACCUUCCUUCCACUGCUUCUGCCAACUGGAAGCACAGAAAACUAGAAUUUCAUUUAUUUUGUUUAAAAAAAAAUUGAUUUCUUGUAACAUCCAAUAGGAAUGCUAACAGUUCAUCUUGCAGUGGGAGAGAUUCGGACUGAGUAGAGGCAUGUGGGAACUUGUGGGUUAUUCCAUAAUUCCAUACACUGUAUCAGAGUCCUGCAGGUGCCCAAACUCUGCUUGCUGAAAACUGGAAGUUAUUUAUUUUUUAAUGACCCUUCAAAGUUAUGAACUCAUCAGCUAGCAAAAGAAGUAACACAAGUGAUUCUUGCUGCUAUUAUCACUAAAAAUCAAGACUCGGAGAUCCCUUUUACGUCUAAUAAACUUGAAACAGGUUCAGUAAAAAAAAAUUCUAAUCGUCAAACUGAUGGAUUAUUAUUUAUAAAUCACGUUUGAUGAAGUGAUCACUAUUGCAAGACAGUGAUGUAACUUUUAAGUUAAGAAAACUUUUACUUUGUAGAUAAUAUAAAAUAAAAACUUAAAAAAAAAAUUAAAAAAUAAAAAAAGUUUUAAAAACUGA